AUGUCCCAUAAUCGUUUCACCAGCGCCGAAAAUGACUACGAGUCGAAUUUUACGGAUGCUAAGCUUCAAGAUCGAGAAGUUGACGAGCUCUACCAAAUGUUCCAAGAGAAGCUAAAGUUCCUUGAAAACUACGCUGAUGCCACUGACGAGAUGCGUGAGAAUUGCCGAGAAGCGGCACGAGAGUCUCUCUUUUCUGAGAUCGGUCGACUCUCCGAUCCAGAUCGAGCCAUGGAGAGGAUUCGCGGGCUUUUAGAGAACCAGAAAGCACCAGUCUUGACUCAGACUCAAGUCUCGGUUGGAGAGAGUCAAGUUUUUGGAUCAAGUGUUGAAUUGGUCGAAACUCAUUCAUCUCACAGUGCAUCUUCACCGGAUCACUCGGAAAGCUCAACUGAUAUUGAGAUUAUCAAUCUUGAAGAAAGUGAUUUGCAUCCAGAAUCCAAACAAUUGAAUGAGCCUGAGGCUAUCUUUUCGCAAGGACUAGUUCCCCUUUUUGACAUCACCGAAGAGGGAGAGACGGUCUUCCACAGAGAAAACCUCGAUUCACUUUGUGUACAAAUUGGAGAGCGACCGGUGGCUAUCAUCUCCACAGCUGGCAAAUUUCGUCAAGGAAAGACUUUCUGGUCAAAUGUGCUUCUCGACGGAUUGCGAAAGGAUCAAGCCGGCUAUAAAGACGAUGAGCACAUUGGUGGUCACGGCGGUAUCCGUUUCCAAUCAGGCUACGAACGGCACACGAGAGGGAUCAUGGUUUGGCCGAAAGUCUUUGAUAGGAAGGAUAAAGAGGGGAAAGAUAUUGCCGUCAUUUUGAUCGACACUCAAGGCACAUUUGACACAUGCAGCGACAUCGCCGACUCAGCCGUCAUUUUUGCGAUCUCGUUGUUGAUGUCAUCGAUCAAGAUCGACGCGCAGGAUUUGGACGCGCUUAACGUUUUCAUCUCAUUCAGUCAAAAAACCGAUGAGAAAGUUGGACAGCAUUUCAUUCUGAUGAUGAGAGACGCGCUCGAGACUGGUCUUCAGCCAGAAUACAUCAGUUAUUUGAGGUCUGGCACUCGUCGAGCUCCCGAACUUCUUCGUCUGAUGGAUGGAGUGUUUGACGCAUUUGAGAGCGUCGAGUGUUACAUGGUACCCCGUCCAUCCGAGCACGUUCUUCGAGCGAGUGGAGAGAUUCGAGCGGGCGAUUGCGGAUCCGAUUUCUUGAUGGGUCUUUGUGGAGCCGCUAAUCACGUUCUCAACAAUCUCGUAGCAAAAAAGGUGAUGGGAACGCCGUUGACUGGGAGUACGCUGAAGCAAUAUGUUGAGAACCUCGUCGAGCACAUCAGAGACAACCAUCACAAAGCGAUUGGGUCGGCUUUCGCAGCCACCUCUCAGCUCUACUUCGAGAAAGCGAGAUCCGCCUCGAAUGAAACCUUCGCAAAACUCUACGAACAACUCGUUCGUUUACACAACCAUCGCCCGAUCAAACCGAGCGAGUACAACGAGGCGAUUCAGCAUAUCGUUCAAGAGACUUUUAAGGAGUAUCAAACCCAUCCGCUUUUCGGCUCAACCGAGCUAAAAGCAAAGGAAUUCGAGAAUUUCCAACGGUCACUGCUGGACCGAUGCGACGAGAAAGAGGAAAAUAACCGGCAACGCUACAGAGAUGUGCAAAUGGCCGAUGCUGUUAAUGGAUCCUAUGAGAUUUAUGAGAAAGAGAUGAAGCCAGACUUCUUGGAGACCCUUCUCGGCAAUAGAGAAAAAAAAGAUCAACUACGUCAA